UCCCCCGCUGUACAUAACAUUCUUUUAAUCUCCGUGUAUCGUUUCUUAAACUUCUAAUACGCCACAAAAAUUCACUACGAUUUUUCCCCCUGCACUUCUGGCAUCCAAUGGGACGAAGCUGUGAGGUCGCGGCAGUGGGGGAGGAUAGCUGUGUUUAUUUUCUUUCAGCCACAGAUGGUUUCUGAGGCUGUGAGGCUAGACACGCAGAACGACAGUCGGGGAUGAAGCCGCAGCUUUGGGAAAAAAGUUGCAUUUAUUGCAUGCAUAGCCUGGCCACGAGAAAUAAGCGCUCACGAUGUUAAUGCACAUAGUUACGUUUGCCGUUUUGGUUCUGAGCAUCAGAACUGCACACGGUUUCCCCAAUUACAAAGAUGACUAUAUGGACGAGGACUUGGCCACCUUUGACUAUUACAAAGGGACGGAUGAGUUUGAUGAGAGAAACAGGACGCAGGAGUGUGAGGAGUGUGUGCCGGAGUUGUGCCCGCUCCUGCUGGGCUGUAGAGCGGGGCUGGUACAGGACAGCUGCGGCUGCUGCUCUCAGUGCGCCAACCUGGAGGGACAGACCUGUGAUCUCGGCCAGAGAACCGUCUAUUAUGGACUGUGCGGAGAGAACCUGGAGUGCAAAUUGGACCGCUCGGAUGGAGCGGACGGAGAGGAGCCAGAAACUCAGUGUGUGUGUUUGUCCCAGAAACCUUUGUGUGGCACAGAUGGACAGACUUACAUGAAUAUCUGCAAAUAUAAAGAAGCGGCUUAUUCAAAUCCUGGACUUAAUGUGAGCGACGGGCCGUGCAGGACAGUCCCUAUCAUCAAGGUGCCACCACAUAAUCUGGUAAAUGUAACAGGCAGCAGUAUAGCAUUUCUCUGCGAAGUGUUUGCAUUUCCCAUGGCGCUAGUGGAAUGGAGGAAAGAUGGAAAAGAGAUCAUUUUACCUGGUGAUGAUCCCCACAUAUCGGUCCAGUCACGAGGUGGCCCUCAGAAGUAUGAACUUUCCAGUUGGCUGCAGAUUGAAGAGGCCAGUCAGAUGGAUUCUGGCACAUACAGGUGCAUCGCUCGAAAUGAACUUGGCCACGUCUCAGCCACAGCAAUUUUAGGAGUCCUGCCACCAGAUGAGAUGUCUACCUAUUUGGAACAAAACGUGAAUGAAAUGAUGAGCUAUGAGCAACUGCAAGACUACGACAGGGAUUAUUACUAAACUUCAGAUCCCAACACCCCCAAGAAAAACAAUGUCUUUUUACGUCUAGCCAUUAAAUUUGAGACAUGGCAGGAAGACACUCAGGCAAUGACUGUGAAAAAAGGAGUAAGCCUGUGAAAAACAUCCCCCUCCUGAGCUUUUUCUACAUCUGGAUAAUCAAACAUGGAGACGGCGAAGAAGAAGCUUAAAUAAAUUCCCAAUGGCACAGGCCUCUAAAAUGGUUGAAAAACACACAAUGAGAGAGCGGAGUCGUUUGGAAGCUGCUGGAAGCUUUGAAAUUCAGUACAGAGAGUAGCUACUGAAGCUGAAUGUCCCUUUUGUUUCACUAAAGCUCUUCUUCAGAGUGACAAUCUGAAUAACGAAACAUAAAGAACUGUGAAAUUUGAACAUCUAUUUUUUGAUAACUUCAUAUUAUAAUUGCAGUUUUGAAUUUUGAUCAAUAGAACUUUAUAUUUAAAAUAUUUUUUUGUGUGCUUUUCACUAUGGUUGUAAACAAACCAGAAUAUACUGAAAUGGAAUGCUAUAGUUGUUCGUUUCAUGAAUAGUUAAUCACAGAAGCCUUAAUUGUGAUUAUAAAAAAGUGUAACAUUUAUACAACAGUUUAAUAAAGAAUUUAAUAUUGAAUUACUUA